CCUCGGAGGCGCCUCGGGUCCGCCAGCCGCUGGGACCCGGACCUGCAUCCGGUCGCCGCGGGCGUCGGCAGAGCAGCUCACGCUCCGCGCCUCGCUUCGCGACGCGGCCCCCGCACUUGCUGGAAUUUUCAAGUCACAUUCAGUUGAUAGGAUGAAAAAAUUCAAGAGAAGGCUAUCCCUCACUCUUCGAGGAAGCCAAACUAUUGAUGAAUCAUUGUCUGAAUUGGCGGAACAAAUGACUAUUGAAGAAAAUAGCAGCAAGGAUAAUGAGCCUAUUGUGAAGAAUGGCAGGCCUCCAACCUCUCACAGUAUGCAUUCCUUCCUCCACCAGUACACAGGAUCCUUCAAGAAGCCCCCGUUGCGGAGACCACAUAGUGUUAUCGGAGGAAGCCUUGGAUCCUUCAUGGCAAUGCCCAGAAAUGGAAGCCGACUAGAUAUUGUUCAUGAAAAUCUAAAAAUGGGAUCAGAUGGUGAGAGUGACCAAGCUUCUGGGACAUCAUCUGAUGAAGUACAGUCACCUACGGGUGUUUGUCUUAGAAAUCGUAUACAUAGACGGAUCUCAAUGGAGGAUUUAAAUAAACGGUUAUCAUUGCCUGCAGAUAUCAGAAUACCUGAUGGGUAUCUUGAAAAGUUGCAGAUAAACAGUCCACCAUUUGAUCAACCAAUGAGCCGAAGGUCUCGUAGAGCUUCUUUAUCAGAAAUUGGGUUUGGAAAAAUGGAAACCUAUAUCAAAUUGGAAAAACUUGGAGAGGGUACAUAUGCAACAGUAUAUAAAGGAAGAAGUAAAUUGACAGAGAAUUUGGUGGCGUUAAAAGAGAUCCGGUUGGAACAUGAAGAAGGUGCACCCUGCACAGCUAUAAGAGAAGUUUCACUAUUAAAGGAUCUAAAACAUGCAAAUAUAGUAACCUUACAUGACAUUGUUCACACAGAUAAAUCUUUGACUCUGGUAUUUGAAUAUCUGGAUAAAGAUCUAAAACAGUACAUGGAUGACUGUGGAAACAUCAUGAGUAUGCACAAUGUAAAGCUGUUUUUGUACCAAAUUCUACGUGGUUUGGCAUAUUGCCACAGAAGAAAGGUAUUGCACCGAGACUUGAAACCACAGAACCUACUCAUUAAUGAAAAAGGAGAAUUAAAGCUAGCAGAUUUUGGGCUAGCCAGAGCCAAGUCAGUUCCCACAAAGACCUACUCAAAUGAAGUCGUCACACUGUGGUACCGGCCGCCUGAUGUGCUUCUUGGUUCCUCAGAGUACUCAACACAGAUUGACAUGUGGGGUGUUGGUUGCAUUUUCUUUGAAAUGGCUUCUGGAAGACCUCUAUUUCCAGGAUCAACUGUGGAAGAUGAACUGCACUUAAUUUUCCGACUGCUAGGAACACCAUCUCAGGAAACUUGGCCGGGUGUUUCUUCAAAUGAUGAGUUCAAGAACUACAACUUUCCAAAAUACAAACCACAGCCUCUCAUUAACCAUGCACCCAGGUUAGACUCUGAAGGAAUCGAGUUGAUAACAAAAUUUCUUCAGUACGAAUCUAAGAAACGGGUUUCAGCAGAAGAGGCCAUGAAGCAUGUGUACUUUCGAAGUCUGGGACCAAGAAUACAUACUUUACCUGAAAGUGUAUCAAUAUUCAGUUUGAAAGAGAUUCAGUUGCAAAAGGACCCGGGUUUUCGAAAUUCUUCUUAUCCAGAGACAGCUCAGUAAUUCUUCAGAGAGAAAUCUGACUCAGUCAAGUCAGGGAUCCUGAAAGCUGCAGAUGGCACAAAGACCUUUUACAAGUGGCCUGGCUUGAUCACUGCACACGCCAUUCCUGGUACCUGAGGCAGAAGACACAUCUUAUGCUUCCCUAGUCAUCAGGUUCAUCACUUCGAAGCAUAGAAGCUGUAGACUGACCCCAUCAACAAAAGGGUCAUUUCAGACAGUGCUGAUCACUCUUACGUGGAAGAUUAGUUUUUGCUGGUGGGAACAUUAGCUUCCUAGAGUCACCAAAUACUGUAUGUGGGAUAAAACUGAACCUUGAACUGCCUCAUAAAAUGACUUUAUAUUUUAGGACAUGGGAAGAACAGAAGACAGAGCAUGCUCUUUUAAGUCUGAUAACAUGGUUUCAAGCCCAGCCCCCAGCCUUUCUUACCAAUCAAGGACUCAGAUCUGAAGGCAAUUAUUUCUUUUGGUGGACUUGGAAUCUCCGUUUGUCUACACUGUCCUCUUCACAGUGGAGUCUUUUUAUUUCAGACCUACAGAUUGUUUUUAUAUUUGUUGUCACAGUGUGACAAUUUUUUUGUACAGUUGGUUUUAAGGUCUUCUCUGCCAUUAGAGCCAGUAGGUUACAGCUAUUGAUGUAACUGUAGCUGCAAUUUUUGUGCAGGACUGAGAAACACAGUGCAUUAUUUAUUGCGGAAUCAUUGCUGCUAAAUAACUACUGUCUGUUUAUUUAACACAACAGUUAAAUGCCUGAAGAAGUUGCAGUGGCUUUAUUAGAUGUGAAUGCAUCUGUUUCUCCCCAUGAAUUGUUUUACUGCUGCAUUUCUUGUUUGUUUUUAAAAUUAAACUGCAGUGUUUCCUGGAAUGUAAGUUUAGCUUCGCUUAACAGUAAAAUAAGUGAGCCAUCUUGAACACUCUAAGUUCAUGCUGUAUAAUCUUUCAUUGAACAUCAGCAAAUAGAGUAGCUAAAAAAUUGAUGAGUACAUCAUGUUUAGGAAAGCAUGUGAUGCAGAGGUUGAUUCAAGCAAGUGAAUACCUGACAUGGGGAUCUCACAUUAGAUACCAGUAAUUUAAAGCACCAAAAUUAUUUAUUUUUACCUUGCCUCAUUUUAGACAUAUUUACUGCAUAUUAUUGGAUAUGUGUAUACUAAUACACUUACCUAUUUUACAUUGUGCUUUACUUUAGUUAAAACUAAACCAUACAAGUCCAGUGAAAUAUGUGAGGUCUUGUUUUCAUUUUAAAUACAGUUCUUUUAUUAGAAAGGAUGAUACUUUUGGGGGGAGCCAUUUAUUUCAUUUGGGGGCUGUCUAUAUGCGUGUGUUUUAAUAACAUUCACUUGGAAUCAGCUAAAAGCUGUAAUAUGUCUUUGAAAUGAGCCAUGAUAAAUACAAAUGACAGAAAGGAGAACUGAGGAUUGUUUUAAAGCAUUGUAGGUAUUAAUGUGUUUAUCAGAGAUAGUAAAUAUUACAGUUUUAAUUAUGCAUCUCUUUGAACAUCAUAAACACUCCUUGGUGUUGGUAAGUGUUUUAAGCAUUUGUGUUAACUUUUAAGGACUAUUUGUUUAGUGCAUCUUACAAACUACAAAUCUUAAUUGGUAUAUUUUGAAAUGGUCAUGUAAAUUUUUGGCUUAUAUAUCAUGAAAAUAAUCAUAACUUAAUUUUUUUCCUGAUAUUCACUGUAAAACAUUCAGGGGUCCUACCAUUUCUGUUCAGGAAAUCUUGUAGUUUAUUGUUAUUUAACAGUAUUAAGUGAAUUUUUGUAUAUUUCAUUUUAACUUUAUUUGUGAAUAGUGAUUGUGGCAUGUUUGGGUGUUAUUUUAAUAUUUCAUGAGACAGAAAUUUUAAUUUUUAAAAAAAAUUUUCUGGAAGAAACAGAUUCAUGUGUAAUGGUGAAUAUUGGACCACUACUGCUUUUCACAUUUGUAAAUUGGUUUUAUGUUAAACCCUGUAGCCUAACAAACUGCUGUUAUUUCUAACUGACAGACAUGUAUUAAUAUUGUACUUUGAAGGUUAUAAAUAUUAUGUGGAAAUUCCUCCAUUUUGUUUUGAAAUUUAUAAUAACAAGAUCUUCAUGUUGUUAAAA